AUGGCGAACAACGGCAGUCUCUACUCCUCCGGCCAGUUCAUGAACCCAGGCCCGGCCCCUCGUCCGCCAGUUGACCGUCCGCGCCUGAACCUUACCCCUAAUACCAACCUGCCCGGCAGCAUGGCCAACAUGACGAUAUCGCCCGUCCCGCGGACUGCCACCUCGACAUACACCGGCUCUACCAUAUCGUUACCGCUGGCCCGCGAGCGCUCCAACCAGACCGAUGGCAUGGGCGGCGUCGCCGUCAUCAAGGAGGGUUGGGCCCAGGUCAAGGAGAGCCGGAACUUCAUCCAGCCCUGGAAGCAGAAGUUCCUCAUCCUGCGCAAGGAGGCCCUCGACUUCCACAAGACCGAGGGCGGCAAGGUCUCCUACACCCUCUAUCUCAAGGACGUCGUCGGCGUCGGCCGCGUCGAGGCCGCCGGCACCAUAUUCGAGAUCAAGAGGCAGCAGGGCGGCCAAUCGAACAGCCCCGGCGACGACGACGGCGGCAUCCGGACCCUGCAGAUCCGGACCAAGAGCGACGAUGACCUCUACGACUGGAUCGACAUGCUCUACGGCCGCUGCCCGACCAUGGGCGGUGUGAGCAACCCCACCAACUUCUCCCACGCCGUACACGUCGGUUUCGACCCCCAGACCGGCCAGUUCGUCGGCUUGCCCCCGGAGUGGUCCAAGUUGCUCAACUCGUCGGCCAUCACCAAGGAGGACUACGAGCGCAACCCCCAGGCCGUCUUCGAGGUCCUGGACUUCUACUCGGACCUGACCAAGCGCGCAGAGAACCCCCAGCAAUACCCCAGUCUCACACCCACCCCGCCCGCCAGCAGCCAGGCGAACAAGCAGCUCGGCUAUGGCGUAGGGACGUCUGUCGCGCCGCCGAGGCCGAUGCCACCGACGCAGGCCCAACGCAAUAACAGCUUCCCCGUCAACCCUAACCAGAGCAUGGCGAAUGCCACCCGCCCAAGUGCCAACGAGAACACGCAACAGCGGCAGCAGAUGCAGUCCAUGGCCUCCAACUACGUUUCCCCCGACGCCGCUCGUGAGCAACAGCGACAGAAGCAGCUCGAGCUCCAACGGCAAAGGGAAAUGGAGGAGCGCAGGGAAAUGGAGGAAUACAACGCCUCCCUGCCCAAGAACAAGCUUCCGAUGGCCCAGCAGGAGAUCGGCGGCGGCGGCUACGGAGGUGCCUCGCCAGAUCGGUACAACCCAAGCCGUGCCGCACCGCCGGCCCCGAAGCCCGGGAAUCAGCCAGCCAGUCAGCUCCGGGCCCAGCGACCUGCGCCGCCGGCCCCGGGCACGCCUGGUGCCCAAAGGCCGCCUUUGGCAUCGCAACAAAGUUCCUCCUCGAUUCAACAGCGUGCACCCCCGAGACCAGACCAGCCUGGCUCAUCUGCGCAGCGCUACCCCAACGGCACUAAUGGCUCUUCUCAGCCCCGUAUGAACGGCCAGGCCCCGGGACAGAGCCAGGCUGCGCGACCGCCGCCACCGGGAGCCGCGGUCAAGCCGCUCAACGUCCCGGCCAAGCCGCAACCACAGCAGAAUGAUGGUGUCAAGGCUGCCGAGGCUGCUCUCACAGCCAAGCCGUCGCCGUCCGAGCGAAAGCAGGAUGUCCGCAUGUCUACCAUGUCCGAGAAGGAGGUUAUGGCGAAGCUGAUCGAGGCCGUCUCCAAGGACGACCCCAACUUGUCCUACUCGAAGCAGAAGAAGAUCGGCCAGGGCGCAUCCGGCUCUGUCUACGUGGCCAAGGUGAAGGAAGGCGCCGUUUCGGGAGUUGCUCGCGAGGUCUUGCGCGCCCAGGGUCCCCGGGCUCAGGUUGCCAUCAAGCAGAUGGACUUGGCGCACCAGCCUCGAAAGGAGCUCAUUGUCAACGAAAUUAUGGUCAUGAAGGACAGCAAGCACCGAAACAUUGUCAACUUCCUGGACGCCUUCCUGCGAAACAACAACGCGGAACUGUGGGUCGUCAUGGAGUACAUGGAGGGUGGUGCUCUGACGGAUGUCAUUGACAACAACCCGGUCAUCACAGAGGAGCAGAUUUCGACCAUCUGCCUCGAGACAUGCCGGGGUCUGCAACACCUGCACUCGCAGCAGAUUAUUCACCGUGAUAUCAAGAGUGACAACGUUCUCCUUGACGCCCGCGGCAGUGUUAAAAUCACCGAUUUCGGUUUCUGUGCCAAGCUCACCGAGACCAAGUCCAAGCGCGCCACCAUGGUGGGAACGCCUUACUGGAUGGCACCCGAAGUUGUCAAGCAGAAGGAGUAUGGCCCCAAGGUCGAUAUCUGGUCGUUGGGCAUCAUGGCUAUUGAGAUGAUCGAGUCCGAGCCUCCCUACCUGAACGAGGAGCCGCUGAAGGCCCUCUACCUGAUCGCAACCAACGGUACGCCCCGUCUUAAGAAGCCCGAGAAGCUCAGCAAGGAGCUGAAGGCAUUCCUGUCGGUUUGUCUGUGUGUGGACGUCAAGAGCCGAGCGUCGUCGGACGAGCUCUUGCAGCAUGAUUUCCUGAAGCACGGCUGCCCCAUCGGAAGCCUGUCGGAGUUGCUCGCCUUCCGCAAGCACGCGAAAUAG